AUGAAAAGAAGAGCCAAGCUGCAAGAUCUGCAAAGAAGCAAAGAUGGAGGAGCGAACCCCGCCCAAAAGGUGACGCAGGAAGAGGGAUAUUACUUGCGGGCAGGGAGAGGCUCUUCUGGAAUCCUUAAUGACCCCAUCCGCUCUCCCAAUAUCUCCCAUCCUCGCCUCUUCCUAUUGAUCCUAUCCGACAUCUAUCACUGCACGUCCCUCCACGUCUUAUCUCUUCCACAGUCGGACCUAGGGAAUCCUAUCUCGCAGGUAGCACGAGCAACUGUCAUAACUGACUCUUGA